CUGCCCAGACUCGGCACAGGCAAACACUCCUCGAAACAGGAAGGAAAAAGGCUCUUUGUGAAGAUGACGGAGCGCUACGACUGCCACUACUGCAAAGAGUCCCUUUUUGGGAAGAAGUAUGUCCUGAGAGAGGAGAAUCCCUACUGUGUGAAAUGUUAUGAGAGCCUGUAUUCCAACACCUGUGAGGAGUGCAAGAAGCCCAUUGGCUGCAACACCAGGGACCUGUCUUACAAGGACCGCCACUGGCACGAGGAAUGUUUCAUGUGUUUCCAGUGCAAGCGUUCGCUUGUGGACAAGCCUUUCUCCACCAAGGAUGAAAAGCUCCUCUGCACUGAGUGCUACUCCAAUGAGUAUUCCUCCAAGUGCCAUGAGUGCAAGAAAACCAUCAUGCCAGGCUCCAGGAAGAUGGAGCACAAGGGGAACAGCUGGCACGAGACCUGCUUCACCUGCCAGAGAUGCCAGCAGCCCAUUGGCACCAAGAGCUUCAUCCCCAAGGACAACAAUAGCUUCUGCGUGCCUUGCUAUGAGAAGCAGUUUGCCAUGCAGUGUGUGUACUGCAAGAAGCCCAUCACCACGGGCGGGGUGACCUACCGUGACCAGCCCUGGCACAAGGACUGCUUCCUGUGCACGAGCUGCAAGCAGCAGCUGUCCGGCCAGAGGUUCACCUCUCGGGACGACUUUGCCUAUUGCCUCAACUGCUUCUGCAACCUGUACGCCAAGAAGUGUGCCUCCUGCACCACCCCCAUUAGCGGCCUCGGAGGCAGCAAGUACAUUUCCUUUGAGGAGCGUCAGUGGCACAACGACUGCUUCAAUUGUAAGAAGUGCUCCGUGUCUCUGGUCGGCCGUGGCUUCCUCACCGAGCGCGACGACAUCCUGUGCCCAGAGUGCGGCAAGGACAUCUAAGUCCGUCUGAAGGACAGCGAACACAUCUGAUUGGAUGCUCGCGUUACAAUAGAGGAGUGACAGAGAUACAAUCAAUACUAUCAGAGCACAGCAUCCAUAGUGUCUUUACAACAUAGCGUUACUAUGAAUGUACAUUGUUGUAUGCCAUGAAAUAUAAACCACUAACAGUAUUAUUUGAAUUUAGAAAGAUUGUUUAAAUACAUUGUUCUUUGAGGAAAAGUCGUCGCUAAUAAAAUAACAUUGAUGUGAAGACGUUUGCUUAUGCAACAGCAACAUCGAUGCAGAGAAAUACCCUAUGAAGCAUUUUGGAAAUAAAUAUGAAUGUAGACUGUCCACUUUGAAGUGUAAUAACUGCUUUGUGCAUGGACUAGCUUGAUGUCAUAUUCAGUAAAGGUUUUGUGAAUGACCUUUGGUAUUACCAAUUAAAUAUAUGAACAUUG